AUCGCGUGGUAGUAUUUUUCAUUAUAAAAUUGUUGAAAUAUGAGUGAAUUUAAUCAAAUAGUAUAAAAUAAAAGUGCAUUUCGUAGCCCAUUUUAAGAAUUUCUUUCAUUGUGCCUAGUUAAAAAAUAAAGAAAUCAAAAUGAGCAUUCAAAAUAUAUUCGAUAGAAUUUGGUCGAUAUUUGCGUUCGGACUAUCGCUUUAUUUUUGUGGAUGUUUAAAUCAGAACAUUGGGGUGAACUGUGACACAAUAUCGGAAUAUGCCAGUUUUGAAGGAAAACUUACUCCAGUAUGGUCGAUACCGUUUCCAGCUGUGACAAUUUGCCCCGAGACAAAAAGCUAUAAGGAAAAAUUAAACAUUACCGAUGCAUUCCAUAGAUUAAUGGAGCAAAAAAACAUGACUGAAGAAGAAUUGCUACAAAUGCAGUCUGUGCUCCAAAUUUGCGAUCCACAUUUGACUGAGAAUUUUUCGCUGGACCAAGAAUUUGCGUCAAACGAUAUUUAUUCCAUAAUCAAAAAUCUUGCACCCAACAUGUUUGACACGUUGUUCUACUGCAAAUGGCGCAAUAAAUUUAGUUUUUGCUAUGAACAUUACAAACCUGUUCUCACCGAAGAAGGUCUUUGCUUUACAUUUAAUGCCCUCGACCCAUGGGAUAUUUACACUGAUGAAAUGGCCAAAGAUAUAAUGAUCCCAACGAAUAAGGAAAAUUACAACGAAAUAUAUCCACAUCGAGGUUACGUUGGUGGAGCGAAAUCGGGCCUUUUCACAUUGCUCCGAUUGUAUGAAGAAAAUAUGGAUUAUGUAUGCCGUGGACCAGUUCAAGGAUUUAAAGUUCUUUUACAUCACCCAGCCGAAGUUCCACAAAUAUCAAAAUAUUAUUUCCGUGUGCCUUUAUCGCAGGAAGUUUUGGUAUCAGUAAAACCACAAAUGAUCACCACAUCCGAAAAACUACAAGAUUACAGCGCAGAAAGACGACAGUGCUAUUUCAAGGACGAGCGACAAUUGAGAUUCUUUAAAGUUUAUACGCAGCGAAAUUGUGAAUUAGAGUGUUUAUCGAAUUUCACAAAGAAUGAAUGCGGUUGUGUCAAAUUUUCAAUGCCAAGAGAUACAGACACGCCUAUCUGUGGCUUUGAUAAAAUCAAAUGCUACCAAGACGCAGAGGAUACGUUGUAUGAAAAAGUGUUUGUUGAAGGUUUGAAAAAUGUGCAUUCCGUUGCAACUGGUUGCAAUUGUAUGCCAUCGUGUACAUCGAUUUCUUAUGAUGCCGACAUAUCAGAGGCCAACUUCAGCUGGGAAGAAUUAUUCGGAGCAUUCAAAAAUCCAUUGGAUGAAUUCAAUGUAAUGGGACUUUCUCGUUUAUCUAUCUUCUUUAAAGAACCACAUUUUAUGACAUUGAAACGAUCAGAACUACUUGGUCCAACUGAUAGCACGCAAACGCAAGAGUUUUCAGGUUCGGAAAAUAGCGUAGAGGACCGAAAGGACACUAAUAUCUCAGAUAAUCUAGUGUGGGAUGAUAUAGCGACAUCGACAGAAGAAAAUAGUCUUUAAAUUUUAUUUUCUCCAAAUUUUUGUGCAAUAUACAAAUAUAUCUCAAAUCAAGCGAAAA